AUGUGGCUAAUGGUCACUGCAACGUUUUUGUGCCUCGUAUCAAAUACGGCGUCUGAGUGGCGUUGUCCGGAACUGAGUGCGCGACCAUCAGCUGAGUGUUCCUGCGAUCUACCCCACACACUGCGCUGCGCGGGAGAUCAUACAGCGUUACAGAUCAUUGGCCGUCACCUCCGCGAGAAAAGAGUGAGAAACAAGAAUACCGCUGUCUCCCUCUUGGAUUGUGCUCUACGAGGUGUGACGUCUCUUCCAGCGGCUUCCGUGACGGAAUUAGCAGGCGUUGGUCUUCACGGAUUGGUGAUCUCCUCGGGCGAUAUAAAGAGGGUGCAGCAGGGUGCAUUUACUAGUGUAGCGAAUACUUUAUUGGCUUUAGGUCUCCCAAACAAUCAACUACCGUCAGUACCUAUCGAGGCUUUAUAUAACUUAUGGUAUCUAGACCGUUUGGAUCUCUCAAACAAUAAAAUUCACGCGUUGGACGGCAAUUCAUUUAAGGGCCUUCAAAAUCUAACUUAUCUUGAUAUAAGUGACAAUCAGCUGACGAGCAUAUCGCCGGAGGCUUUCAGGCCCCUCGUCAAAUUAUCAGUUUUGAGGUUAAGAGGGAACCUGCUCAAGGUAGCCGCGUUAUCUUCGCUGAAGGGAGCAAGGUCGUUGAAAGAGCUGGAUGUUUCAAGCAACGCCUUAGAAGGACCCCUGGGACCAACAACUCUACCGACCUUAUGGGUCCUGAAGACCCUACACCUGUCCGACAAUACGUUCGCGAGUAUACGACGUGGCGCAUUGUCAGGUCUUGCGAACUUGACUCACCUAAAUUUGCACAACAAUCAAAUAGAUGUUCUGGAAGAUUAUGCGUUUCGACAUCUCGUUAACUUGUCACAUCUGGAUCUAUCACACAAUGAGAUAGUUUCUGUUUCAGGAGCGUCACUAGCGCAGUUGUCUAACUUAGAACAUUUGGACUUAUCUCACAAUUUCCUCCGUUCGCUAUCAGCGGAGCCGUUAAAAUCACUGUACCAACUCUCCGAAUUACUUCUACACGAUAACGACAUAUCUAUAAUUGAGGACGGUGCGCUGGGAAUGCAUACGAAUCUCAGUCGGUUCACUAUCGAAGAUAAUCCUCUUAAUUGCGACUGCUUAAUGGCCGGCUUUGCGCGCUGGUUGAGGGAAGCAAAAAAUGUCUCGCAGAGCGAUAAGUCCGCUGUGGUCUGCGCGACCCCACCCCAUUUGGAGGGGGCGUUAUUAGCUAGGCUAUCGAAGAAUAAGCUCUGCGAUGACUUCGAGCACAUCGAAGUCAAGGAUGAUAAGAUAAACGAUUAUGGCAAGGUGAUGGACAAUGCGAUAGAUGACGUGUACGGUGAUAAGGUUGAUGGAUUGGACGAUACGAUUUAUGAUGAAGAGAUAGACGUUCCAGGUGAAGAGGAUUUGCCUAUAUCAAAGGCGAAGGUACGCUUACUCGACUCCUGGUAUGACGCGGAGGAGGUUCACCUAUCCUGGACAGUGGAUCCGCCGUCCAUCAGGCGUUUUAGAUGUACUGGGGUUACAGCAUCUAGAGGUGGUGGUCUUCCAAAACAUGUAGCGUGCCACCGAGCGCCGCCGUCAAAUGUUAUUUUGAGAGGACUGAAAAUCGAUCCACUUGAAUUGUAUACAUUCUGCAUCGCCCUGGAGGAGAUGGACGCCAAGGAUGUACCAACUUCUUUAGUUCUUGGUUGUGGAUUGCCUCAGGCAGUGCGAGAAAGGGCUACAUACGUUACAAGUCGAACUACACCGUCAACAGCGCCACCAGAACCAGAUAUAAGGGUCUCCGAAGUCAGAUCCAACGUGACCAGUGAUGGGGUUCUUUCUGUUCUAAUAUCGGUCAUGGGUCUGCCGAUACGCCAGUUCACGAGAUCCCAAAGACUCUCAACAGAAACACACUACCCAGUAUACAAUUGCUACGUGGUAUUAGCAGUUCUAUCUAGAGGAUCCCUGGUAGCGCAGAAGGACACCCCAUGCCAAGACUCAUUAGGAAUAUCCAUGGAAGGUUUUAUCACCGGCCCUUACGAAGUCUGUGCGACAAUAUCCAGGAAAAGAGCAGAUGAAUCACACCCAAUUUGUAUAGUACCACAGAUGCUGGAGCCAGUUGCGGAAAUGAAGUCGAAUGUUAAGGGCCUGAAUACAGCGUUGAUAGGAGUCGCACUGGGUUUGAUGGUGAUAGUGGUAGGCCUCGUCUGGUUUGUGAGGAAGAUGCUUAAAAAGCCGGUAGACUUUCAAGCCCAUAGGUGCUUCACUGAGCCGGUUCAAGAAGAACGAGCCAGCUAUGUCAUGCUGACGGCCACUUCAAAGGUUUAA